UUCGCCUCCAAAUACAUUCUCCCCUCUGCACAUACAUCUCCUGUCACUACAUACACAACCCUCGUCUGCCACACGGCCUAUAAAGUAGAUGAGGGUAGCAUUGUCGACUAUUAUCAUCAACGGAUCAUGACCCAAAACCUCCAAGAGACCAUGCCGCUGGGCAUUCAACGAAGCCGUAGCCGGCUCGGUGAGCUCCUAGCGGCAGACACCCUCGUUGCUGCUGGCUCGGCAACUCUUGUAACACCGGCGGUCAUGAUCUUUGACAGACUCGUCGUUGAAAAGUCAUUCCACAAUCAACCUCUUCUUCCAGCGUUCCGCAAGCAUUUAUGGUUCUCCAUCACACAGCCAGCGACCUUUUUAACUUCACGCCCCAGUCUUCUCGUCUGGUCUCUUUAUACCGCCACUUUCGCAACGGCCAAUGCCUCCGAGACCCUCUUUGAAAAGGUCUACCCCAAGAUCGACCACGCCAUUGCCAGCAUGACUACAUUUGCAUCCACCUUCGUUGUCAACUCCUCCGUCGGCAUCUGGAAAGACGUCAAAUUCGCCCAACUCUUCGGCUCCCCAAAGCCGACUUCCCCUCCCUCGGUCGACACUCCAAAGGCAGACGCAACACCCCCAAAGACCGUCCGCUCCAUCGGCCGCACCAAGAUCCCCGUGGCCACCUACUCAGCAUUCCUCAUCCGCGAUGGCCUUACCAUCUUCGGCUCCUUCACCCUCCCAUCAAUGGUCUCGGCCGCAAUUCCGGACUCAGUCGCCUCCCAAGAAUAUCUCAAAAUCCUUAUCGCCCAACUCGCCAUCCCCGCAUCCAUCCAACUCAUCAGCACACCCAUCCACCUCUUCGGUCUGGAUCUCUAUAACAGACCCCAAGUCAUGCCUACCAAGGAGCGACUCGCUCGCGUCAGUCGUGACUGGCUCGGCGCUUCACUGCUGCGCAUGUGUCGCAUUAUCCCCGCAUUUGGAAUCGGCGGCUUCGUCAAUACCGAAGGCCGUCUUUAUCUACACGAGCAGUUGGAUGAGCGCCGCUCUUCUUCAUGA